AGGUUAUAAGUUCGUCCCAGCGUAUUGCAAAAACUUGCACAGAAUCUGACAGAAAGUAAGAAUUAAAGACAUUCAUGUCGUCACAGUAAAAAGAGAAUGUUGUUAUCCAAUUUUAUUCCCUAUACAAAACUGAGUCAAAGGUCACUGCUCGCAAUCGCUCUUAAACGUUCGAGACACGUUCGAGAUCCAAAGAAUUUCGCGUCCAGUUCAUCGACAAAAAUGAGUCGACCGAGAGUUUUAAUCACUCGGCCAGACAUUCCACCAGCUGGAUUGAAUUUAUUGAAAGAACAAUGCGAUAUCAUUCUAUGGGAGAAGCCUGAACCGAUUCCCAGAUCUGCAUUGCUGUCAAAAAUAAAGGACGUAGAUGCAGUCUACUGUUUAUUAACGGAUAAAAUAGACGAGGAAGUAUUGGAUUCUGCGGGACCACGAUUGAAAGUCGUGGCCUCCAUGUCAGUCGGCGUCGACCACUUGAAUUUGCCAGCUCUGAAGGCCAGAAACAUCAAAGUUGGUUACACGCCUGGCAUUCUAACGGAUGCAACAGCCGAAUUGACCGUAGCAUUGUUGUUAGCUACGUCCAGGAGAUUGAUAGAAGCGAACAGAGCUAUUUACAAGGGCGAAUGGAAGGCCUGGUCACCUACUUGGAUGUGCGGUCCCGGUUUGUCUGGGUCAACGGUGGGAAUAGUAGGAUUAGGACGAAUCGGUACGCAAGUAGGAAAGUGCCUCAAAAGCUUCAACGCUGCGAAAAUAUUAUACACAAGUAGGAGCGUUAAGCAAGAGGCAGCCACGUUCGGAGGAGAGAAAGUAGAGUUCGAUGCGCUGCUGCGACAAAGCGACUUCGUGGUCGUUACUACGGCUUUGACCGCGGACACCAGACAAAUGUUCAAUGAGAACGCAUUCAAAAAGAUGAAAAACACUGCUGUCUUUAUAAACGUCAGUAGAGGAGAAGUCGUCGAUCAGAAGGCUUUAAUAGACGCUUUGAAAAAUGGAACGAUUCGAGCUGCUGGUUUAGACGUCAUGACUCCUGAGCCUAUUCCACUAGACAGCGAGCUACUGCGAUUAGAUAAUUGCGUUAUACUGCCUCAUAUUGGUAGUGCUGCUAUAGAAACGCGAGAGCGUAUGUCGAUGAUUACCGCUGAAAAUAUUCUGGCAGUCUUGAAGGGAACACCAGCAGAGAUGCCCACUCCGCUUCAGUUCUAGUUCAGUCAGAACAUCGAUCAAAGGGCUACAAACGAAUUAUUGAAAAUGGGACGAAUAAGUAUGUGAACAGAGUUUCACAUGUUUCUUUCAAACGGAUUUAGUUUUGUAAACAAAUUCUUUGUAUAAACGUGAUACAACAACUAA